CACCCCCUUCCGGCCCGGAACUGCGCGUGCGCCUCCCAGACCAGGCUGGAUGGAAAUUCCCGCCGACCCCCUCGGAAUUUAAAGGGACCGCUGCCUUCCCGAAGUUGGUCUGAAGGCAAGGGCUUGUUGGUUGUGGACAGCACUUUGUCAUGGGACCUGUACGGUUGGGGAUGUUGCUUUUCAUUUUGGCUGUGUAUGGCGCUUGGGUUGCGACGCCGAAGGAGGAAGACGAUGACACAGAACGCUUGCCCAGCAAAUGUGAAGUGUGUAAGUUGCUGAGCCUGGAGCUGCAGGAAAAGCUGAGUCGCACUGGCCGAUCUCGGGAGGUGCUGGAGCUGGGGCAGGUGCUAGACACUGGCAAGAGAAAGAGGCACAUCCCCUACAGUGUUUCAGAGACAAGGCUGGAAGAGGCCUUGGAGAAUUUGUGCGACCGGAUCCUGGAUUACAGUGUUCAUGCCGAGCGCAAGGGCUCACUGAGAUAUGCCAAGGGUCAGAGUCAGACCAUGGCAACGCUGAAAGGUCUGGUGCAGAAGGGGGUGAAGGUGGAUCUGGGGAUCCCUCUGGAGCUGUGGGACGAGCCCAGUGUGGAAGUCACGUUCCUCAAGAAGCAGUGUGAGACAAUGCUGGAGGAGUUCGAAGAUGUCGUGGGAGACUGGUACUUCCAUCAUCAGGAACAGCCCUUACAGCAUUUUCUCUGUGAAGGUCAUGUGCUGCCCCCUGCUGAAACUGCGUGUCUACAGGAAACUUGGACUGGAAAGGAAAAGAUCACGGAUGGGCAAGAGAAGACAGAAGGGGAGGAGGAAGAAGAAGAGGAAGAGGAGGAAGAGAGGAUCAACACACCAGGGCACUCCAAGCGUGACCCAGAGGAUCUUUGACUCUUGCCUUUGAGCCCCCAGGAGGGGCAGGAGUCAUGGAGAAGAACCCUCUGAAAUCUGAGCUCUCCGUGCUCCACAUAAGGGCAUGUGUGUAUGUGUGAGUGAUCCCACCCCGGAGCUUGUAGCUGUUCUCUCCUGUC